AUGGCAGAAUCUGAGAAGCGAGUCGAAUCUCCUUUGGCAUCGCCAAAGGACAAGAUGAAGGAAGUCGGCGCUACCGUUACAACAACCGAGUCGCCAGAUUCGCCAGGUAUAGAUCCGAUGAUAAACUCGUCGGGUCACAAGCAAGAGCUUGAUCGCAACUUUAGCCUGAUCAGUAUGUGCGCUAUUGGCGUUACAGCAGGAAACACUUGGAUUGCAAUGGGUGGCAGUGUCACAACGGCCAUCUUCAACGGCGGGCCUCCCGGAGUCAUCUAUGAAUAG